AUGGCAAAUGGAGGGGGCAACGGCGGUGGUGGAAACAAUAACAACAGUGGAGGUGGAAACGGCGGUGGCGGAAACAAUAACAGUGGAGGGGGUAACGGUGGUGGCGGAAACAAUAACAACAGAGGAGGAGGUAACGGCGGUGGUGGAAACAGUAACAAUAGUGGAGGGGGCAAUAGGACGGUGGAGUUACAGCCCCACCCGGUGAAAGAACAACUCCCUGGAAUUCAGUAUUGUGUCAACAGUCCUCCUCCUUGGUUUGAAGCGUUAGUGUUGGGUUUCCAGCAUUAUUUGUUGAGUCUUGGCAUCACGGUUCUUAUUCCAAGCCUUUUGGUUCCACACAUGGGAGGUGGUGAUGCAGAGAAGGCUAGAGUUAUACAAACAAUGCUAUUUGUGUCUGGAUUAACAACAUUGUUCCAGUCUUUCUUUGGAACUCGAUUGCCUGUGAUAGCUGCUCCUUCUUAUGCAUAUAUCAUACCUAUCACUUCCAUCAUUUCCUCAACUCGCUUCGCUUACUACACUGAUCCUUUUGAAAGAUUUGUGGAAACAUUGAGAAGCAUACAAGGGGCUCUGAUUAUCGCCGGCUGUUUCCAAGUUCUUGUAUGUUUCUUAGGUCUAUGGAGAAACAUCGCCAGAUUUCUAAGCCCACUCUCAAUUGCUCCUUUGACAACGUUUGCUGGACUAGGACUCUACCAAAUUGGCUUCCCUUUGUUGGCGAGAUGCGUUGAAGUGGGACUUCCCGGGUUGAUCUUACUUGUUUUAGUCACCCAGUACUUACCGCCCUUUCUGAAGAUGAAGAAAGGGGUGAUUUGGAAUGGAUCAAGAUGUGACCGUUAUGGGAUGAUGAUGUGCAUUCCAUUGGUUUGGUUGUUAGCUCUGUUACUCACAUCGAGUGGUGUAUACAACCAUAAGUCUCAAACUACUCAAAUCAGUUGCCGUACAGACCGUAAUGGUCUUAUCACCAACACUCCAUGGAUAUACUUACCAUAUCCUUUCCAAUGGGGAAGCCCAACCUUCCACUUCACUGAUUCUUUCGCGAUGAUGGCUGCCUCUUUCGUCACUCUAUUUGAGUCGACCGGUUUGUUCUACGCAUCUGCAAGAUAUGGAAGUGCGACGCCUAUCCCACCAUCAGUUAUCAGCCGUGGUACUGGCUGGCUGGGAGUUGGAGUAUUACUCAACGGCAUGCUUGGAGGCGUCUCAGGGAUCACAACAUCAACAGAAAAUGUUGGACUUUUGGCAAUGACUAAGAUUGGGAGUCGAAGAGUGAUACAAAUUUCAGCUGCCUUCAUGAUUUUUUUCUCUAUUUUCGGAAAAUUUGGAGCUUUUUUCGCGUCCAUACCGUUACCAAUCAUGGCGUCCGUGUACUGCAUCGUCUUGUGUUUUGUGUCUUCUGCGGGCAUUAGCUUUCUACAAUUUUGCAACCUCAACAGCUUCAACACCAAGUUCAUUUUGGGAUUUUCAUUUUUCAUGGCUAUUUCAAUCCCUCAAUACUUUAGAGAAUACUACAACGGAGGUUGGCGGUCUGAUCAUCACUCGAAUUGGUUGGAAGAUGUGAUAAGAGUGAUAUUCAUGUCACAUACAACGGUUGCGGGAAUGAUAGCAAUAGUGCUUGAUUGCACAUUGUCUCGUGAGAGCGAUGAAGCCAAGAAAGAUUGUGGACUAAAAUGGUGGGAGAAGUUUCGACUAUACAAUCUUGAUGUCCGAAACGAUGAGUUUUAUGGUCUACCUUGCUGCCUCAACAAAUUUUUCCCUUCUCAUUGA